AUGUGGUCCUCGCUCUUCGUGUCCGGUCUGCUCCUCGUCGACACGGCGCUCGGCCAACUGCCUGGCAUCCCGACCGUUCCCUUUGAAGCCGCCGACGGCAACAAGACGUUCUCGCUCGCGUCCGUCAGCACCGUCAUUAUCGAUGCGAAGUUCGCAACGACAACGGACAAGGGCGGCCUGACGCUGAUCCCCCCGACCCUGCGCGCGUUUGGCACCACGUUUGCGCAGGACCUCCAAGAGCUCCUCAACAAGACCGUCACGGCCCAGGACGGCGACCAGCGCGGGCCCAACACCAUCUUCCUGACCAUCGAUGGCGACGGCGAAUUCCUCGAUGCCGCGGGCCGCCCGACGACAGAAGGGUACGCGAUCGCGGUUAAUGAGGACGGCGUCACGAUCCGCGGCGCCAGCGCCCUCGGCGCCUGGUGGGGGACGCGCACGCUUCUGCAGCAAGCCGUCCUGGGCGACGGCGCGGUGCCUGUCGGCCAGGGCCGUGAUGCGCCUGGCUGGUCGACGCGCGGCAUGAUGCUCGACUGCGGCCGCCACUGGUACCCCCCGGCGUUCCUCGUCGACCUGUGCGCCUACAUGUCCUUUUUCAAGCAAAACACCUUUCACGUCCAUCUCAGCGACAACACCAUCGUGCCGACCUACACGCCCGACAAUUACAACGAAACGUAUGCCCGCUUCCGCCUCUGGUCCGACAACAGCGCGUUGGCCGGCCUCAACAGGCACCCCAACGAGUCGUACACCAGGGACGACUGGGACGACGUGCAGACCGGGUGCGCGCGGCGCGGCGUCACCGUCGUGCCCGAGAUUGAAGCACCAGGCCACUGUCUGCCCAUUGUGCAGUGGCGUCCGCAGAUUGGCUAUCAGGGCGACCUCAGCCUGCUCAACAUCUCGCACCCGGAUACGAUGCCGACCAUGAAGACCAUCUGGAAAGAGUUCCUGCCGUGGUUCCACUCGUCUGUCGUCUCCAUUGGUGCCGAUGAGUACAAGGGGCCCGAGGAGGACUACAAGAAAUUUGUCAACGAGAUGACGGCGUUUAUCAGCGCCGAGGCGAGUAAGUCGGUUCGCAUCUGGGGUACUUUCCCCGCCGUCGCGCACCCCGGCUCGCCCACCACGAUUGCCACCAACAUCACCAUGCAGCACUGGGCGUACCUCUUCGACAACCCGUACGAGGACUAUAUCAAGAACAACUACUCCGUCAUCAACUCGGACGAGAUGUACUACGUCGUCAUGAAGGACGGCCCGUACGGUCGCGCCAUCAACACCUCCACGACCUUCACAGGCAACCCCGACGGACAUGGGCCCUGGUACCCGCACAUCUUCAACCUGAGCGACCCGCGACAGAACCCGGCGCGCGACAAUAAGCUCGUGCAGGGUGCCAUCGCGCCCCUGUGGAACGACCACGGCGCCAACACCAGCGUCUACUCGGAGGCAUACUACGCCUGGCGCGACGGCAUCCCCGCGCUCGCCGACAAGCACUGGGGCGGCAACCUCACCCAGCACCAGUACGCCGCCUGGCUGUCCAAGUUGCGGGACAGGAUUCCGGACCAGGAUCUGGAGCGCCGCAUUCCCUCCAAGCAGAGCACCGUGUUCUCGUAUGAUUUCCGCAGCGUCCAGGGCGAAUCCAUCGCCGACAAGUCCGGCAAUCAGUACGACGCCAAUACAACCUGCCAGGCGACCGGCGACGGCAUGAACGUGUCGCCCGACUGCGCCAUCACCACGCCCUGGCUGUCCAAAGGCAGAAACUACACCCUCUCCCUGACACUGCGCAUCGACACACUGUCCAACGACAAAAACACAACCCUCGUAGCGGGGUCGGACUCGGCCCUUAUGCUCACGCCAAACGUCACGUUGUUCGCGUCCGGCAUCUACUACCGGCUCAACAAGACGAUCCCGCUGCAGUCGUGGGUCCGUCUGGAGCUGAGCGCCCACGGACCGCGGACGUAUGCGUCGGCCUUUGACGACAAGGGCCGCGCGCUCUUCUCCAAGGAGGAGUUUCUCGCAGAAAUGAGCUACUACGGCGCGCCGUUGCGAUGGCAUGAAAUGGCUAUUGAGGCGCCCAUACAUCAAAUCACGGGUUGGCAGGGCAAGGUUCGCGAUUUCACGCUGACAACAGGCGUGGACGACGCGAAGCAGGGCGGGGCGUCUGUCAUUAGAGGCCUGCCUGGUGCGUACUUGUUGGCUACGAUGUUGGCUGUGGCCAUGUACCUCAGUCUAUAA